GAGUUCGAACAAAAAUAAAAAUCUGAAAAAACAUCCGAUCCCCCAAUGGCUUCGCUUCCUGUUCAGUUCACCAGGAAUAAUCUAUCUUCGCCGUGUUUCUCCGUAAAACUCCGCCGUGAGCCGAGAUCUUUAGUCACAACUGUACAUUGCUCCGCUGGAGAAAACAGAGGAGAGAAUGGUAUCAAGAAGAGUUUAUUGUCGAUAAAGGAGCUUGGAUGUAUCGCUUGCGCUGCUCUUUGUGCUUGUACUAUUACUAUGGCUUCUCCUGUCAUUGCUGCUAACCAGAGACUUCCUCCGCUUUCAACAGAACCAGAUCGGUGUGAGAAAGCAUUUGUUGGUAAUACGAUUGGUCAAGCAAAUGGUGUUUAUGACAAACCGUUAGAUCUUAGGUUCUGUGACUACACAAAUGAUCAAACUAACCUCAAAGGCAAGACUCUCUCUGCAGCCUUGAUGGUAGGUGCCAAGUUUGAUGGUGCAGACAUGACUGAAGUUGUUAUGUCAAAAGCUUAUGCCGUUGAAGCAAGCUUUAAAGGGGUGAAUUUCUCGAAUGCUGUUAUCGAUCGGGUUAAUUUUGGGAAAUCGAAUCUGAAAGGUGCGGUGUUCAGGAACACUGUGUUAUCCGGUUCGACAUUCGAAGAGGCGAAUCUAGAGGAUGUGGUCUUUGAGGACACUAUCAUUGGUUACAUAGACCUUCAGAAAAUAUGUAGGAAUGAGACAAUAAACGAAGAAGGAAGACUUGUGUUGGGUUGCAGAUAGAGAGAAGAGAGAAAAUAUCUGAUUUGAAUGUUUAUUAUAAAUGUAAGGAUUGAGAGAUUUGACACAAAAGAUUUGUAUGAAACAAAGUGAGCCAAGGCUGAAGGAUAUAGGAUUCUGAGAGAGUUAUGAGAUUGUUGUAUCAUCCAAUUCUUGUAAAUUCUGUAACCAAAACAUAUAAAGCAUUUUCUCUGUUUUUCAA